CUACUUUCCUAUAGGAGGUUCAUUUCAUUUAUCAUUACUCCCAGUUUCAUAAAGCACUGAGAAUUUUAAGUGGAGUAUAUUGAAGUAGACUUCAGUUUCUUUGCAUCAUUCCUGUAUUAGAUUUUUAAAAAAUUCUUUCAUAACCCUAUUGAGUGUUUAAGUAAACAUGGCUCGAAUGAACGGCCAUGCUCCUGUGGAAGUCACAUACAAGAACAUGAGAUUUCUUAUUACACACAAUCCAACUAAUGCGACCUUAAAAAAGUUUAUUGAGGAACUUAAGAAGUAUGGAGUUACCACAAUUGUAAGAGUAUAUGAAACAACUUAUGACACUACUCUGGUGGAGAAAGAAGGCAUCCAUGUUCUUGAUUGGCCUUUUGAUGAUGGUACACCACCUUCUAACCAGAUUGUUGAUGACUGGUUAAGUUUUGUAGAAAUAAGACUUUUUGAAGAACCUCGUUGCUGUAUUGCAGUGCAUUGUGUUGCAGGCCUUGGGAGAGCUACAGUGCGUGUUGCCCUGGCACUAAUUGAAGGUGGAAUGAAACAUGAAGCUGCAGUACAGUUCAUAAGACAAAAGCGGCAUGGAGCAUUUAACAGCAAGCAGCUCUGUAAUAAAAAAAAAUUCCGACCUAAAAUGUGGCUACGCUUUAAAGAUGACAACGGUCACAGAAACAACUGUUGCAUUCAAUAAAACUGGGUGCCUGGUGCCAUUGCCUCAGAAAUGGAACUUGAGAUGGAACCUAAUUUGUCAUAUAUAUUAGCCAACAAUAUUGGUUUGGUGAAUAAGUUUAGUGAAACUUCCAUAGGAAUAUUGCAAAGCAGUUUAUCAGGCUAGAAGCUUGACACAAUUGCUGU